AUGCUCGGGUCCACACCUGCUCGUCUCGUACUCUUCUUAUCGGUAUUCGCGACUGCCGUAAGUGCUUGUGGCGACCAUUUGCAAGCUCGCGGACACACGUAUGGAUAUGCUAAACGCGAUAACGCAUCGCCGAUAACUCCGCCUACGCGUCCACUUGUCUGGGGAGAGCUCAAUGUCAUCCAUACGACGGACUCUCACGGCUGGCUUCUUGGACACCAGAAGGCUUCACCGCCCGAGCCAAAUUAUUCGGCGGAUUUUGGUGACUUUGCAUCGUUCGUCAGCCAUAUGAAGGAGAUCGCAGAGGAGAAGGGUGUGGAUUUACUUCUUGUCGACUCGGGUGAUUUGCAUGAUGGGACGGGCCUUUCGGAUGGUUUUCCACCCGGCGGUGUCGAUGCGCAUGACUCGAACCAGUUCAUUAAACAACUUCCCUAUGACCUUCUCGCAAUCGGGAAUCAUGAGCUGUACAUAUACAACAAUACACUGGAUAUGCACACAGACUUCGCACCGCACUGGAAUGGCCGAUACCUCUCCUCAAAUGUCAAUAUCACUAUCCCUUCCAGCUCCGACGCUUCACAAAAUGUCAGCGUGCCUGUAGGCGAGAGAUUUGCGAAGUUCACAACUGCACUGGGAAAGAAGGUUACAAGUCUUGGCGUUUUAUUCGAUUUUACAGGCAACGAUGACGGAACGACGGUCCAGAAGGUUGAAGAUAUGGUUAAGGAACAAUGGUUUGCGGAGGCGAUCGCGGAAGAACCUGAUCUGUUCCUUCUCGCUGGACAUAUGCCUGUUUCGAAGGAUAAUUGGCCGACGGUAUUCAAUGCCAUUCGCGCAGUGCACCCGCAGACGCCGAUUUUGAUCUUUGGAGGUCAUACACAUAUCCGCGACUGCACUCAGUUCGAUGGACGCUCGAUGGCGCUUGAGAGUGGGAGGUAUAUGGAGACUGUUGGUGUGAAUUUCAGUGAGAUUUCGUCGACUGGGAACCUGUCUUUCUCUCGUCGAUACCUUGAUACAAACAGGCUCACAUACGAAUUCCAUACUGGUCGGAGCAACAAUAGCUUUGAUACCCCUAAUGGACUUGAUAUGUCCGAAGGUCUGAGGGAGCUCGCGGAGAGAUUUGACUUAAACUUCACGUUUGGAACCGCACCGCAGGACUAUACCAUUUCUCGGGAUCCGUAUCCGAGCAACGGGUCUUCACUGUCGCUUUUUAUCGAACAGGCCGUUCCAACAGCUCUCCAGUCAAACACGACGCAAACCGAUACCCCUGCGCUGUUCUUAGCCAACAGCGGGUCUCAGCGAUUUGACAUCUUCAAGGGUGUGUUCACGAAGAACGACCAGUUGACGGCCUCGCCGUUUCCUGAUGCAUUCUGGUUCGUGAGUGGGGUGGAGUAUGGAGUUGCGAAGCAAGUUGCUGGGAAGUUGAACGAAGAAGACGGCGCGGAUAGAAAAAAGAAGCGGAGUACUAGGAAGAGAAGGGAGUGGAUGAAGAAGUUGUACGAAAGGGGUGAGGUUGAGGCGAGGUAUAGGGCGUGGCUCGAGGAUAUGGAUCUACGGUACAGAGUUCUGUCGGACGAGUUGGAGAGGAGGGACGAUAAUGCUACCAUUGAGACGAUGGGAUACGUUACUACCGAUUUAUGUCCGGGCAUAGGCGACGACACCAUCCACACGCCAGCCCCAUUCUUUUCUUCUCCGGUCUAUAUCUCGUCACAAGAUUCCUCAACAGCCUUCCCUCCGGGCGUCUCAGACGACUCUACGUCAAUUGACUUGGUAUUCGUUGAUUUUAUAGCUACGGACGUUGUGGAUAUUUUAAACGAGAUCACUUCCGAGCAAGGCGGAGGAAGGACGUUCAAUGAGAGUGAUGUGGGCGUAUACGCGGGUUUGAAGGCUAAUGAAGUGCUGGGCGUGUUUGCGAGUGUUGCUUGGAAUUAA